AUGGGUGCGACAACACUUACACUAGUCGGCCUCGCGGCCUUCGCCUCCGCAGUAUUGGCCCAGCAGUUCCCUGGGGACUUCCCGGGCAAUGGGAACGGCAACGGCUUCGGCAAUGGCAACGGCGGCAACGGGUUUGGGGGCGGCAACUUCAACAACAUCGUUGGCUUCAACAUCCAGGAGGCCAUGCACACGCGGAGAGUCCACGGAAUCCUGGGCACAAUCGCCUUCGUCAUCGUCUUCCCUAUCGGCUCCAUCGCCAUGAGAAUCGUCCCUGGCCGCUUCUCCUGGCUCAUCCACGCCCUCGUCCAGAUGGCCGGCUUCGUCCUGUACAUCGCCGCCGCCGCGCUGGGCAUUAAGCUGACCCAAGAGGUCAGGUUCGGGAACACGAGUUUGUACGAGAUCAGCACCAUCAACUUCCACCCCAUCAUCGGCCUCAUCAUCCUCGCCAUCUUCUUUUUUCAGCCUCUCUUCGGCUACCUUCACCACGCGCAGUUCAAGAAACACGGUGUCCGCCAGAUCUGGUCAUACCUCCACCUCAUGGUCGGCCGCCUCCUGAUCCCGCUAGGCAUCAUCAACGGCGGCCUAGGGCUGUACAUCUCUAACUCGCCCAAGGCGUUCAAGAUCGCCUACGCCAUUCUCGCCGUCGUCUUCGGCAUCGCCUGGAUCUUCAUCGCCGUCAUCAGCGAGAGCCGCCGUAGCCGUCAGCCCGCAGUCGUGGUCGUCGAGCAGCACAAGCUCGUGAGUCGGCCUCGCGGACGCCACGGCGGGAGCCACAGAUCGUCCGACUCGGACCCCAAGAUCUGA